AUGAAUAGACCGCCUAGUUUAAACUUACAAGAACGUGUUAGACGAGCAAGGCCUCAAUUAGAACAGAGUGGAAUAUCAUAUGCCUUAACAUAUGUGGGAUAUGUGCCGGUCCUUGCUCCGGUUCAUAGAAUGAACUCAAAGGAGCGAGAAGCUCUGAUUAAACAAGUUUUAUUAACUCUGUCAGCUCUUAAACAUAAGACGUCUCUUCCUACUCCGGAUCGUUUAGCAAGUGAGUUGAUGGGAGAGCCAAAACUAUUAGAUAUAAAAGUGAUGCUGAACAUCAAUUCUAGUAAAAUCUCGGUUACAUAUAAUGAACGUGAAAAGCUAGAAUACAAACCAAAGUUAGGAAUGCUAUAUAGGCAGCAUCCUGUAAUGUUUACUUCAAUUGUCGAUUUUAUCCCAGAAAUCAAUGAUUGCUUUGCUUAUAUAUCGAAACGCAUCAAUUCAGAUGAUAGGCGAUGUUGUGUCUUUCUAGCAGCUCCAAAAGCUAUAAAAGAGGUUUUUGAUACUUUAGAAGAAGCUAUUGAAAUCAACACGCACAACGGGGAGAAUGAGAAUGGUAAAAGCACCCCAACAGGCAACCAUAGUCGUAAUAAUUCUUCCGGGGCAGUGACACCUACUCCCGGAAAUGACAAUUCUAGGUAUUCGGACUUAUUCAAGUUCAAAUGGUAUCACGGAAGUAUCGGUCGUGAAACCGCAGUCUCAUUUUUGCAUAACAAAGGGGAUUUUCUUAUAAGAGAUAGCAGCACGGUGAGAAAUCAACUCAUUUUAUCGGCAAUUUGCGAACAAGGUGUUCAAAGACAUAUAGAGUUAUUUAGUUUAGAUGGAUCUCUACGAGUAGGGAAUCUGCUCUUUCCCUCAGUAGAGGAUAUGAUUAAUCAUUUUAUGGAAAAAAAGACGCCUAUCCGAAACACAGUCGUAUCUACAGAAAUGUUUUUGCGUUGGCCUGUGCCUAGGGUCGAAUGA